AUGCACAUAAAAUUGAUGAACUUCUCAAUCAAAUUGCCUGAUGCGACUAAUAACAAGCACAAAGAAAAUGUCAUGAAACUUAAGGAACAAAUGGCGAUUGUUGUGGAAAAGCAAGAAGUUUCAGAUUCAGCUUUGGAAAAAAAGUGUCGAAAUUUGUUCGUUUUCUUUGGAUCAUCUCAAUGGUCUCGCACAAUUUAUGGGCAAUUUAUUGCAACAAAAAGAAUUUUGUGA